AGGUGAUCUCAUCCAUUAACAGCUAUGUGCUGCCAAUUCCCAAUUCUUUAUCUCAGACUUCUGCAGCCCAGAUCCUUAUAUCCAACUGCCUAGUGGACUUCUCCCCCAGGAUGUUCUCAAGGUAUACAAGAAUUAAAUUCUGAAUAAGCCUACAAGUAGGAUGGAUAGUUAUUUUAAAGCAGCAGUCAGUGACUUGGACAAACUCCUUGAUGAUUUUGAACAGAAUCCAGAUGAACAAGAUUAUCUCCAAGAUGCACAAAAUGCAUAUGAUUCUAACUGUUCGGUUUCUUCAGAGUUGGCUCCUUCACAAUUAACUUCACCGCUACCAAAGGAUCAACAGUGCAUUAAUUAUUGUGCCUCAUCAGAAACAUGCUAUGAAACAAAUCAGAUUUCAGUGAACGAAAAAGCACAUGAGGGACUAACUUCUAUACAAAAUGAAAAAAAUGUAACAGGACUUGAUCUCCUUUCUUCUGUGGAUGGUGGCGCCUCAGAUGAAAUCCAGCCUUUAUAUAUGGGACGAUGUAGUAAACCUGUCUGUGACCUGAUAAGUGACAUGGGUAACUUAGUUCAUGUAACUAAUAAUGAAGAAGAUAUUAAAAAAUUAUUGCCAGAUGAUUUUAAGUCUAGUACAGACUCUUUGGUUGGAUUGGAUUUGUCUUCAGUGUCAGAAACUGUUUGUGUUUCUUCAACAGACCAUGGUAAUAAUACUGUCAGGGAGGACCAGAAAGAUGUCCACUCUGAAUUACCAAAUAGAGAAAUCUGUGGAACUAGAGAAUUGGAUAUAAAUGUAGAUACAGUAGUUUCAGAUUCAUGUAAUUAUAGUGGAAAAGAAAAUUUAAAGGAUAUAAAGAUCUGUAAUCAGCUAGAACCAUUUGUUGAUUUGAAUAUGCCAUCUGCCUUGACUCAACAAAAUUCCAAAACGUUUGAUGCCAAAGACAACCCACAACACAAGAACCAGCCAUGCGAAUUAGUAAAAGCUGAUGGCUGUGUGGAAGAAGAGGAGGUACACAUGGCAGUCACAGCUGCCACAGAACGUUUAAAAGAAAGAGGCAGCCCAAAUGCUUUGGCUUGCAAUCUUCCAAAAAACGAAGGUUUAUGUUUAAAUGAUUCAAAUUCAAGAGAUGAAAAUUUCAAAUUACCUGACUUCUCCUUUCAAGAGGAUAGGACUGCUGUAUGUAUAAAACAGUCUGCAAAAGAAGACUCAAGAAAUUUAGAUCUUAAAGAUGAUAAAGAUGUAAUGCAAGAUUUCCCUUCAACUUCACAUGUUUCGAGUGAAGCUGUAUACUCCUCACUGUCCUGUCUUCCAGUGCCUGGGUCUUUGUGUGGAUCAUUAAAUGAAACUAAAGUGCAUGACGAUUGUUUACCUCAGAAUGAAUAUAAAGAUAAUAUGCAAGAAGCAGUGACUGUGCAUGAAGAAAUACAAAAGAGUGUUAACCUAGGUGGGGAACCAUUGAAGGAGACUGAUCUUUUGAAACAGGAAAAAUGUGAAAGCGUACUUCAUCAGCCAUUAACUGAAAAGAUGGGAGAUAGAAAGGUAGAUCCUGACCAGACAGUAAUCAGAGUUGACUCUUUGGAUUACUCUGAUAACACCGGUUCUUCUAUAGCUGCAGAAUCUCAAAUGAAGCUUUCUGGUGCUAAUGCUCCAGAGCCUCCUGAUCAUUAUGAAGGUCUCACUUUUUCAAACAACGAUACGGAUGGGCAAGACUUAGGUUACUUUAAUAUUGAUGAAGGCACGAAAAGUGGCAUACUAGUUAGUGAUGCCGAACUGGAUGCCUUUCUGAGUGAACAGUAUCUUCAGACCAGUAAUGUAGAGUCAUUGGAAGAAAACGUAAAUGACUCAAAACCUGAAAUGAGUCAGGUAGAUUUGAAAGGCCUGGAUGAUGGAAACGUCAGUAAUACAUAUUUCAGUGAUGAAGCAGGAGCUACUGGGGAAAGUCCUGGUAUUAAUAUGAUAUGUGAAACAGUUGAUAAACAGAAUACAACAGAAAACAGUGGCCUUUCUUUAGGGGAAAAAUGUACAAUUCCAACUGAACAAGGGUUAUCUAGCAAUAAAUCUGAGAUGACGAAUGAAUUAUCAGUCUCUGAUAGUAACAGUCAAUCUGUUCAUGUUGGAGGAGCCAGACCUAAGCAGUUAUUUAACGUUCCAUCAAGAACAAGGAGUUCCAAGGAACCAAAUAAGCUGGAUGUUCCAGAUAUGCCUGAAAGUGACCCCAGCAUAACAAAUACCAUUGAUCCAAACACUUGUACUGCAGAUACUACAAGCGACCCUCAGGUUAGCUUCAACUCGAAUUACAUUGACAUAGAAAGCAAUUUUGAAGGUGGAUCCAGUCAUCUAACUACAAAUGAAGAAUCUCUACCUGCCAACACUUGCAAAGAAGGCCUAGUUUUGGGCCAGAAACAACCUACUUGGGUUCCUGAUUCAGAAGCUCCAAACUGUAUGAACUGCCAAGCCAAAUUUACUUUUACAAAACGGCGGCACCACUGCCGAGCAUGUGGGAAAGUAUUUUGUGGUGUCUGUUGUAAUAGGAAGUGUAAACUGCAGUAUCUAGAAAAGGAAGCAAGAGUAUGUGUGGUCUGCUAUGAGACCAUUAGUAAAGCUCAUGCGUUUGAAAGGAUGAUGAGCCCAACUGGUUCUAAUCUUAAAUCUAAUCAUUCUGAUGAAUGUGCCACCAUCCAGCCUCUUCAGGAGACGCAAACGUCCAGUAUACCUUCACCCACAACUUUACCAAUCUCAGCACUUAAACAACCAAGUGUUGAAGGAUUAUCCUCCAAAGAACAGAAGAGAGUAUGGUUUGCAGAUGGUUUAUUGCCCAAUGGUGAAGUUGCAGAUACAGCAAAGUUAUCAACUGGAAGUAAAAGAUGUUCUGAAGACUUUCUAAGCCCUGUCGUACCAGAUCUGCCCUUGACGGUAAACACAGUGGAUCAUGCCCAUUCUACUACAGUGGAACAACCGAACAAUGAGAUAGAUAUUACAAGAAACGAGAUCAUUCAGAGUCCUAUUUCUCAGGUUCCAAUUGUAGAAAAACUGCCCAUAAGCACAGGAACUGAGGUGUUAUCCACUUCUGGCUCUUUUAUGCCAGAUGAUGAGGUUUUUGCAGAAAUUGAGGAACCAUCUGGUCCUACUGGCAUCUUAGUUAACAGCAGUUUACCUGGUGCUGGUGUUUCAGACUACAGGUUGUUGUGUGGCAUUGACAAGAAUGUUUGCAGUAAGAUCAGCCUUCUGCCUGAUGAUGAGGACAGCUUGCCCCCUCUUCUGGUUGCAUCUGGAGAAAAAGGACCAGUGCCUGUAGUAGAAGAACACCCAUCUCAUGAGCAGAUCAUUUUGCUUCUUGAAGGCGAAGGUUUUCAUCCUGUUACAUUUGUCCUAAAUGCUAAUCUACUUGUGAAUGUCAAGUUAGUAUUUUAUUCCUCAGACAAAUAUUGGUACUUCUCAACCAAUGGAUUGCAUGGCUUGGGACAGGCAGAAAUUAUUAUUCUAUUGUUAUGUUUGCCAAAUGAAGAUACUAUUCCUAAGGACAUCUUCAGACUAUUUAUCUCCAUAUAUAAGGAUGCUCUAAAAGGAAAAUACAUAGAAAACUUGGACAAUAUUACCUUCACCGAGAGUUUCCUCAGUAGCAAGGACCAUGGAGGAUUUCUGUUUAUUAAACCUACUUUUCAGAAACUUGAUGAUCUCCCAUUACCUAGUAAUCCUUUUCUUUGUGGAAUUCUUAUCCAGAAGCUAGAGAUUCCCUGGGCAAAGGUUUUUCCUAUGCGUUUAAUGUUGAGAUUGGGUGCAGAAUAUAAAGCAUACCCUGCUCCUCUAACAAGUAUCAGAGGCCGAAAACCUCUUUUUGGAGAAAUAGGACACACUAUUAUGAACUUACUUGUUGACCUUCGAAAUUACCAGUAUACCUUGCAUAAUAUAGAUCAGCUGUUGAUUCACAUGGAAAUGGGGAAAAGCUGCAUAAAAAUACCUCGGAAAAAAUACAAUGAUGUAAUGAAAGUAAUAAAUUCUUCUAAUGAGCAUGUCAUUAGUAUUGGAGCUAGUUUUAGUACAGAAGCAGAUUCUCACCUAGUCUGUAUACAGAAUGAUGGAGUUUAUCAAACACAGGCGAACAGUGCCACUGGCCAUCCUAGAAAAGUGACAGGUGCAAGUUUUGUGGUAUUCAAUGGAGCUCUAAAAACAUCUUCAGGAUUUCUUGCUAAGUCCAGCAUCGUUGAAGAUGGCUUAAUGGUACAAAUAACUCCAGAGACCAUGGAUGGCUUGAGGCUAGCUCUCCGAGAACAAAAAGACUUUAAAAUUACAUGUGGGAAAGUUGAUGCUGUGGACCUGAGAGAAUAUGUGGAUAUCUGCUGGGUAGAUUCUGAAGAAAAAGGAAACACAGGUGUUAUUAGUUCUGUGGAUGGAAUAUCAUUACAAGGAUUCCCAAGUGAAAAAAUAAAACUGGAAGCCGAUUUUGAAACUGAUAACAAGAUUGUAAAGUGUACUGAGGUGUUCUACUUUCUAAAGGACCAGGAUUUAUCUAUUUCAGCAACUCAUUAUCACUUUGCAAAAGAAAUAGCCAUGGCUUGUAGUGCUGCACUGUGCCCUCACCUGAAAACUCUAAAGAGUAAUGGGAUGAAUAAAAUUGGCCUCAGAGUUUCCAUUGACACUGAUAUGGUUGAAUUUCAGGCAGGAUCUGAAGGCCGACUUCUUCCUCAGCAUUAUCUAAAUGAUCUUGAUAGCGCUCUAAUCCCUGUGAUCCAUGGUGGGACCUCCAACUCUACUAGUUUACCAUUAGAAAUAGAAUUAGUGUUUUUCAUUAUAGAAAAUCUUUUUUAGUGACAAGAUAUUAGUGAAUCAUAUUAUAUAUUACAAACUGAUUUGUUAAAACUAAUUCUAGCACUAAACCCAAAAUGCCACAAACACUAAAAGUAAAUAUGUUUUAUGUUUGAAACACACAAGCUUUGCUUUUUUAGGCAGCAAUGAUCUUUUUAAAUCAUUAGCACAAUUUCAAUCUCUAAAAAUUUAAGAGAACCACAGUUUUUGAAACUUUACACUUAAUGCAAAUACAAAAAGACAAGGAUUUCUUCUGUCUUUAAGAAAUUUGUAGCAUUUAUGUUGUUAUUUAAAUGCUAUGCCAAAGUAUUUGCGCUUAGGAAUACCUCUUUAUGCCAAGAUCGAUUUUAAUGAAGGCUCUUUUCAGAUGUAACCUUAUAAUGGAAAUAUCUGUUUUCUGUAUAUGCCAGUUAGCUUACUGGUUUCUAAAGUCUGUUAAAAAUGUAUUUCAAUGGCACAGACCAGUUUCUAGAUCUUAGACUUAAUAUAAUUCUUUAAACAAGGCAGAUAACUUAUUUGUAUAAUUGGAGUGGAGACCUGCCUCCAUGACUAGAUAAACUCUGUUUGGAUUAAAAUCAGAAUUUUGCCUUUUUUCUUCUCAAAUUAUUAUAUAUAUAUAUAUGAUUUUUUUUCUUGAUUAAAUGGGUAUUCUUAACAUAAUUGUGGGUGCUUCAGGAUUUUGUGCUUCUACAUUUAAGUAUAUUGUUUUUAUAGCGAGAACGUGAUUCGGUAUGUGUUUUAUAAACCUUUAAUAAUUUAUAAAUAGGUAAUAUUUUUGUAUUGCAGUGCAUUAUUUUUCCUCCUUUCUUUCCAAAGAGUACCACUGUAUUUACCACUUCUAAGAGUGAUUGACGACAGGCCAGAUGACCCUAGAAGUAGUCAUUUUUAUGUAGCAAUAAAUGAAGCCUGAACCAGGUUUUUUUUGUUUUUUGGGUUUUUUUUACUUCUCAUUUAAACCUUAGAAGUUUCUUGGCAAGCCUACAGUUUUUCAUUGAUACAAAUGUUAUUAAAUAUAAAUUUCAAUGAACUGAUUACUUUUGCAUAUUUUAAAUUAUAUGGUAGUUAUUUUUUAUAACAGAAUAUUAACAUAAGUUAAAUUCUAUGUAUUUAAAACUGUUACAGAGGUUUCCUCUUUACUUCAAACAGCAAAAUAAGAAAAGUAUGUUGCAUUUAAAAAAGUAAUGGGCAUAUUUUAGUUCUGUCAUUUAAAUUAUAUAAAAUAUAAUCGUUAUUUUGAUGUUUUUAUUCUUAUGUGGAUAUAUAUGUUUUUGUAUCAAAAACACUUGUAUAUCUCAAGAAAAAGAAAUUACAUUGAAUAGCCCUGUUUUACGAAAAAUAUCUAGGCAACAUCUAACUUGAAGAGCAAGUCAGCGUUAUAACUCAGGAACUGAGUAAGGUCUCAGGCUUGGAGAAACCAAGAAUUUUAAUCAGAUUGGUCAUAUGGUUCCUACUGAAUCACAUCUGUAGUAUUAGCCAAAGACACAGUAUGGAGGAGAAUAUCAGUCUUCUGGAAGUAGCUACUUCAUAAAUAAUGUACAAUAUUGCAAAUAUUAAAUGGCAACACAUAGUAACUUGUAAAAUUUAUUGAAAUAUGGUAUAAGGUAAAAACAAUUAUAUAUCAAACUCAAUUUAUGUUUUCUUUAUAUAGAAAGUUUAUUUUGCAAUAUAAGUAAUUGCACAAUCUAUGGAUAUUGAACCUUGCUUAACAUAACCAAAUGGUGGAGGGCUCUUCCAGUGAUGGGAUAGCUUUGGAUUUUUUCAAAAAGUCUCUCCAUUUAAUAAAAAUUGGAAUUAUGUGCCUUUGGAGGUACAUUUUAAAGUAUUCUUUGUAGAUGUAUAUUUCUGAAGGCACUUGUUACUUAUUUGGUCAUGUUCUUCACAUUAGUAUUAAUUUAAAUUUUAAUUUUUUAAAUGUUCUUUGUACUCAGUCUACAGUGAUCUGUUUUUGAUCUUAUGCCUUUUAACACUCUAUUUCUCUGAAUUUUGAAAUAUGAAGCAAAAUCUAGGCCAUUGUUUUAUGUAGCCAUCCAACAAACUUUGUGUCUAUAUACUUGCUAUAUGCAGAGCACUUUAUUAACCUUCACUGGUUGAAAGAUGAAUGAAGUAGUUCUUCCCCUCUUGGAGCUGAAUGUGUGCAGCGGUUCUAACAAAGUAAAAGUCAUUGCUAUAAUAGAGAUAUGGACCUUGAUAGGGUGGUUGGGAAAUAACCCAGGAGGAUAGCCUUACCAAUAAUGAGAAGGCAGCCUGAGAACCUGUUAGAGAGGGGGCAUUAAACUUGUUAGGCAAGAGCUGGAAAUCUGAAAAGUAGGUAAUAUGUAAAAAGACUGAACUUUCCAUUUUAAGGCAAUUUUAAGUCUUCUGUGUUGUAUGAAUAUCUUACCUUAUAACUUAAUUAAAAAGUGGUAGCCUGACUGGUGCCUCACUUGCCUAAGUUUAUUAACAUCUGGACUUAAAUACUGUAUUAUAAUAACAGAAAUUUUUUUUAAAAGCGAGCAUAAUAACUUUGAUAACCUGACUCAAAUUUUAAAAGAAAAUAUCUUGAAAUAAACGAGAAACCUCCAAACCA